UUUGCGCAGUCCAUGCAUUCUUGACCUGAGUGUUUUGCUUAUGAUUCGAUUAUUUCAUGAUUCAAUGAGCAUGAGAAAUCAGCAAACCACCUUGGUGUUCUCUUCCGCAUUCUAGGUACGAUUAUUUUCAUUAAUCUUGUUGUUACUUUUUGCGAUAUGAUACAAGCGUAUAUAAUACGUGAUGAAUUUUCUGGCACAGGACCCUACUCCCCUCCUCUUGGCCUCCUCUCCCCCCUCCUCCCAGGGCUACGGGUUCAAUUUAAAAGAGAAAGAGAAAGGGAUCUGGAAAAGAGGUUGAGCUGAAUAUAGUAUUUGGUAAGAUAUCGCAUCGUGAAUUUUCUGUUGAAUUGUAAAGUUGGUUUAGUUACCGUGAAAUAAACUGUCUAAAAGGCAAUCACAGAGAUGAGUACACCAAAGUCUUUUCCUUCACUUACUGUGAUGAUUCGCUUUAGCGCAUAGGGCGCUAGUUUACUUCAGCUCAAAGGAGGGCGCGUAUUGGAGAGCGGACGCUUACCAGGGACGGAGCACAUAUUCCUUUUUGAACAUUAUACUGAUCUGACUGUGAUCAAGAGACAGAUAUUUUAACUCAAGACGGGCUGCAGCCAAAGGGGUUCUUAUAGUAAUGUUCAGAGAAGAAAGCAGACUUCUAAUCGCUCUUUUCUAUGUCAUUGCCUUGAAUGUCACUUUCGCUGAUAGAGCGCUUAAAAAAUUAUAGGGAAGGUGAGGGGUGAUUAUUAAAAAAACGCACUCGAGGGGAAGGGCUUAUUUGAAAGGGUAUCGCCGGCUAAAUCGAGUCAUUAGACACUCAUUAAGGUAGUUUGUACCUGGCCAUUUAAGGUCUUAUCUUGGAUCAGGAUCGAGGUGUCCCGGGGGCAGGUGUUGAAUUUUGGAUUCGAUAAAUUGAAAAUUUGAACACUUCAUCCCUCUCUAAAGACCCACUGAUUUAUUAUUGAGCUAUUCUGUAGAUGGCCGAGAUAUUUUUGACGUUGCGGAAAGAAUGGUAGGCACAGUGAAUUGCUCUCCCUUUUUCGUGUAGGUGCAGGUCAUGUUAUAAGUGAACAACUCUUUUAACUCUUUCACCACGUUCAACUAAAUCUAUAUAGAAGACUAGAAGACCUCAAAAUUCUUUUUGACAUUUCAAUUGAGGUGCAGAUGUGACACAACAAAAGCGCAUUGGCAGCGACGGCUCAAUAACAAAACCUGAAAUUGUGAUCCGGAGUCCAGCACACAGACAAUUAGGACACAGCACUCAAAUGGAUAUGUGAACAAAAGUAUCCGGUAUUCCCGCAGAUCAAAAUAAUUAAAAAGCGACAGAGCCGGUGACGAAUAUUGCUACUGAACACUAGUGUCGCACUCUUUUCUCGAAAUAUAUAAUGCCUUUCGCAAUCGUGUAAAUUGAGCGUAUUUCCUCGCAAACCCGGAUAGAAUUUUGCAACUGAAUCGCAACUGAAACGAUUUCGAUUUUGCUCUCGGUCCCUCAACAUCCACUUAUUCCUGUACCCUGCAAGCAUGGACAGGGAGACGGUGGUUGGGGGCUUUUUCACCGCCCUCGCGUGAAAUUGUGACGUCAUUUUCGCUAAUCCGAAGAUCAUCUUGAUGUCACGUCGUAAAAUCGAUUCCGUUCUCGAAUGACUAUUUACCUUGUACAACCGCUAAAUGAUCAGUGUAUUUUCUCUGGAUUUAAAUUCCUGUACUGCUUCUAUGUCUCGCCCGUUUUAAGAAUGCACUAAGGGAAAGCAUUGCUGUGGCUUUGUUUGGAAGAAUGCAGUGAAAUGUGGACCCUAUUUGUUGAAGAGAAUUGACCACUGUGAACAGGCCCGCGAACCAGCUGCUCUCAAAGUGGUUGAAUAAGACAGUCGCCUGUGGACACAUAGACAUUUAAUGUCAUGGCUAAAGAUCAGGAAUUACUCCAGGCGGUUAAAUCCAACGACCUUAAUGCCUUCAGGAAGGUAGCGGCAAAAAUAAAAGCGGCCAAAUCAAAAAAAGGUGGCAAGAAAUACAAUGUCAACAUACAAGACGAUGAUGGUUUUACAGCUACCCAUCAUGCCUCUCUCACUGGCAGUAGUGAAGUUGUUAUGGGACUCAUUGAGUUGGAGUGUGACGUCAAUGCUAAAGAUAAGAAAGGGAUGUCCCCCUUACAUUUAGCUGCUUGGUCAGGAAAGGUUGAAGUAGCUCGGUUGUUAGUGGAGACUGGAGCUGAAGUGGAUACCUGCUCAAACGAUGGAGAGACUCCUCUUAUUUUAGCUUGUCAACAUGGCAACUCUGAUGUGGCAGAUGUACUUCUAGACAGGAAUUGUAGUUCCCUGACUGUAAAUAACAAAGGAGAGACUGCUCUGGACCUUGCUUGCAGAUACGGACAUGUACAUGCUGUUGAACUCUUGCUUGCAUCCAGAGAUGUGAAGAGUGCUUUAACUAAUGGUAAAACCUAUAAAACAGAUCCUCCAUUACACUUAGCCUGUAAGACAGGUCAUUUGGAAAUAGUAAGAAUGUUACUGGAAGCUGACGCAGACAUUAAUCAGGCCACAAGCAAUGGUUCGUGUUUACAUGAAGCUGCUCUUUAUGGUAAAACUGAUGUGGUAAAGUUCCUUCUUGAUUGGGGCAUUGAUGUGAACAUCAGGAACGAUGAAGGACACACAGCACUUGAUGUGGUAAAUCUCUUCACAAGCUCUAAAGCAUCAGCAGAUAUUAAACAACUACUAAAAGAUGCGGCCGAUGCAGAUACCACUGUAUACGCAAAAGCUGUGAGGGAUCACUUCAAUAUGAUGGAUUCAACAGCCCUUUCCUUCAAGACUGGAGAAACAAUCAUUGUGCUGGAACAAAAUCAAAAUGAAAGGUGGAAAGGAAAAGUUAAAAAUGGAGACAAAGAGAAAGUUGGAUACUUCCCAGGAAACUUCGUCAGGUUAACCACACCAAGAAAAGCCUCUUCUGCCAAGAAGUCACCAAAGCUUAAGGAAGCUGGCGUACUUCCGGUGGGAUCUUACCAGAUGGUUACAGUACCUCCAGUGCCGCCUUCUCCAGGUUUUCAGAGAAACUCUCCUCGAUUAAGUAGUUUCGGUAAAAAGGGACCUCGCCAUCGCGGUGAUGAAGAUGGGGAAGAGAGCCCCAAUCCUGCCACGAAAAAGGCCUUGUUUGAGCCAGUUUUACCUGCAAAGGGACUCAAAGCCAAAAAAGGCUCAGUCAAACUCGCUUCCGGUACGGGCCUGCAGUAUGUGGAGGUUGAGGUUGACAAAGCGCCCUUGUCUCCUCCCCAGGCCCCUAAUCCAGGAGUUCAAACAAACAGCAAAACGCAGUACGCUGAAGUUCGUUUACCGCCGUCAAAUGAAUCCGUUGAGGAGGUUGAUAAAUGCGAAGAACUUCCACAGCUGCCUGAAAAAGAGAAUAAGAAGCCUUGUGCUUCAAACGUCGAGAUGGACGAUAUUUGGGUACGAAAUACAUCGAAUCCACCGCCUUCGCUACCGCCUAAAAUACGGGCGCCUGUUAAGGACGUCGCACCCGCUGCUGUUCCCGAAUCUAGCCAAUCAACUUUCAAAUCUGGAAGACUACCUGCGGCUCUUCCACCAGACAAACAUCCCGCGGGACAUUCAAGUCCCGAGGGUCAGAUCGGUCUUACGAGUCAAACGGGUCUCAGCGUUACUGAGGAACCCUCGCGACGGGUCGCAAGUCCCGAAUUGUCAAGGAAAGGAUACGAAGACAUGAGUCUAAGUAAAGCAACGCCUCCUUCCCCUGACGUUUUAUGGAAACCGCAACCAUUGAAGGUGAAAGAAUAUCCGAAACCAAAACAGCAACUAGCUUACGAGAAUGUGCAGCUGCCGAACAGAGGAAAGCCUGGUAACGAUACGCAGAGUAUGAUCAUCUCACAUGUCGACCAACAGGGAGAAGGAGAGGACGGUUACGUUAUUGUUAACACACCAACCUCGAAAAAAACUCACGCCAGGGGCUACGAAAAUGUCACGCCAGGCGCUAGCACGCCGGUGAAAUGGGACAACGUCUCGAAUGAUGUCAAUUAUGUGCCAAUGACGGGAGCUGUUCCUGCUGACACAGCACAAAAUGACAAGACUAGUAAUCAAGCUGUUAAGCAAGACAAUGAGACCAGUUUAUCAGAUGAUGCAGGGGAAAACAAAGAUGGAAUGGAUUACGAGAUGAUGACAAACGGUGCCGUGCCAGUUAACCAUCAGUAUGUCAAUAUCGACCGACGCGCAGGAGACGCGGGUGAUCCCUCGGAAGCUACGGGCCACAUCCCGCUUAAGAUGCGAGAGUAUAACGAGUUGUUCGACUGGCUGCAGAAAUUCAGACUGACUAUCUACAUCGAUAAUUUUGUGAAAGGAGGUUUCGACAUGACCAGUAUACUUGGAAUAACUGCAGAGGAUUUGACGGCCAUAAACGUGACGAAAACAGGUCAUAGGAAAAAGAUUCUAUCAGAAUCAGCCAAACUGGAAAGUAGAGUGGUAUUUCCGAGAGAAAAACCGAGAGAUAUUAUGACGUGGCUGCGUCUGAUUGGUCUAGAGCAAUACAUACCCGAGUUCUUGGACGGCGGAUUCGAUGACAUGGAUUUCCUCCAGGACAUGACGUUAGAAGACCUAGUAGCGAUUGGAGUCAAAAAACCAGGCCAUCAAAGAAAGAUAUGGAUGGCCGUGCAAGCUCUGAAAGAGGCAGACGAAAAUGAGAACGUGCUGGAAAGUGUAGAAGAGAAAUUUCCGCUUCAGGAGAGGAAGGGUUAUUUAGAGACAUGUUUAGAUGGAGAAGAUUCCGGAGUAUCAACCGAUGAAGUUGAACCAUCUGAAUUGAUCUCGGAAAGCGCUCGAACACAAGAAAACCAAAAGGAGUUUUCUCGCAAUGCUCUUUCCCCGAGUGGAAAAGCUAAUGAAGAGCUUUUUGUCGAGGAUUCUUCGUCGGCGGAAUCCGAAAUUCCCGAGACAACAACGCAGCUUGUUCAUAAAGAAGAAUUACCAUAUGAAAACGGAGAUCAAGAUCAACAGAAGAAUGCUGGUCCACAUGAUCUGUGCCCUGAGGCGCCGCAGACGGAUGGUGAUGGGGUUGAUCCCUCUGCCAAUCGGCUAGACCCUCCGGAGGAAAAAGGCAACCAUGAAAAUGAAUUGGACCCUUCGUUAGGAUUACAUGGAGAUAAUUCUGUUUUAACUUCAGCUAAUGAAGACGACGAACCUCCUCCCCGCCCUCCCCCUCCAUUGGAGGAUAUUGAGCUGCCACGUCAUGUGGCCAACUCUAAUCAAACUAAAAUCGAUUUCAAUGGCCCCGGAAUGGCCGUGAAGGACAUGGUUUCAGAGGAGAACGAUAGAAUACGUACCUCCUCGCCGGACUCUACCUUUCAGAGACCCAAGAAACCUGCCCCACCACCACCGGUCAAGCCUAAAAGCUUUAAGAAGGGCCCGCCCCCUAAAGUGCCGCCCAAGCCCCGAAAGUCCGCGUCUUUCACGGCUGGAUACAGAGAGAGGAGCUCGGGCGAGGAAAGCGCCGGAGACAGGUCACCGACAAAACCCUUGUCUCCUGUGGACAGUAAGUGUCUUUUUUAAAAAAAAUAAUGAAACUAUGAUAGUUUGACCUACAACCUAAUGGUUAGUGCUUUGUAUUCCGGUUUGACAGAUCUGAGUUCGGGCCCAGCCGGAGUCACUGUGUUUGUUUUUGGCAAACUUAGCUUUGCGCUCACAGUGCCUCUCUUCCAGUUCGCCCAGCCAUAUAGA